CAAUGCACAAUCCUCAGACUGAGAGCUUCGUGAUACAAGUAAGAGGAAGUGAAGCGCUCCCUCGACCAACAAGUGCUUCCUCGUCUUCCAAGUUCAACUGGUCGGCCAUGAAGCUGUUUCAUCGCUUCCGCAAGAUCCUCAUGCGCCUCAUCUUCUCUGUUCCUUCGGCUUCUGCGUCGUCGUCGUCGUCGUCGUCAUCCUCUACUUCUUCAAGGCAUAGAAACUCAGAUCGUUUUGAGCCACCCAAGACCUCAUGCAGCUCCUAUUAUUCGUCUUACUCUCACUACAACGAGGCCAUUGCUGAUUGCAUUGAGUUCUUCAAUAAGUCCGCGCAAGAUGGCUUUUUGGAUCCUCGGAACUCCGAUGUUGUCUGACUACGGGCAUAUUCAUACUGCUUUAUUCCAGUCAUGCUUCACUUCUUUUGUUUUUCUUUUGAGCGCAUGGCAUAUGUUGCAUGUAUAUGGGCCUGCUCAAUUAAGAUACUUCAAUUCAUUGGCCACUGCGAUUUCUUUUCUUCUCCCUGUUUUUUUUUUUUUUUGUUCAAAGCUAUGCUUCUUUCGUUCUCCAGCCAGAUCUGCUUACGUACUUGAUUUUCAAAAGUUUGUUG